GCACUGUCUGUGGAAGUUCAUUCAUGUGUGACAUUAUACGACAGCUCAAGGUUUUCCCUGAGUUUUGUCACGUGUUUACACUUUUACAAGCAAGAAUUAAUCUAUAAAGUGGGUAAAAUAGUGAAGACAAGUAUUACAAUGUUGUCAGCGAUGAGAAGUGUUCGAGUUGCUCAGGGCCUUAUCCGCCGACAGUGCCUGGUGACUUCCCAGGUGCAAGUGCGAUGUGCAUCAGGGCGUCAAGUCAACACUGUGGUCUUGUUUGUACCUCAGCAGGAAGCAUGGGUCAUCGAAAGAAUGGGCCGAUUCUACAAAGUCCUCAAUCCGGGUUUGAAUCUUCUGAUACCAGUGCUGGACAAGAUCAGAUAUGUCCAAAGCCUGAAAGAGAUUGCCAUUGACAUACCAGAGCAGAGUGCCAUCACAAAUGAUAAUGUUACACUACGUAUUGACGGCGUGCUUUACCUGAGAGUAGUGGAUCCAUACAAGGCAAGUUACGGUGUUGAGGAUCCAGAAUAUGCAGUCACGCAGCUGGCCCAGACCACCAUGAGAUCAGAAAUAGGAAAGAUUACACUCGAUUCUGUCUUCAAGGAAAGGGAGUCCCUCAACGUCAGUAUCGUAGAGGCCAUCAACAAUGCAGCGGUGCAGCCCUGGGGCAUCAAGUGUCUCCGCUACGAGAUCAAGGACAUUGAGCUACCCAACAAGGUCCAGGAAGCUAUGCAGAUGCAGGUGGAAGCCGAGAGGAAAAAGAGAGCGGUGGUCUUACAAUCAGAAGGUGUUCGAGAAUCAGAAAUCAACGUCGCAGAGGGGAAGAAACGGGCCAAGAUUUUAGAAUCCGAGGCAGUCAAGACAGAGCAGAUCAACAAGGCAUUGGGUGAGGCCCAGGCUAUCAUUGCCAAGGCCAACGCUCGGUCUGAGGCUCUCAAGGCGGUUGCCGAAGCCAUCGGGAAAAAGGAUGGCAACAAUGCGGCAUCGUUGAAUGUAGCGGAGCAGUACGUGGCAGCGUUCAGUAACUUGGCCAAGACGGGCAAUACUAUCCUCCUACCAUCCAAUACAGGCGACAUUAGCAGUAUGGUGGGACAGGCAAUGGCCAUCUAUGGCAACCUAAGCAACCAGCCCAAGCGCCCCUCCACACAUACCACCCAGGUGUCCGCGCAGGACAAUUUGCUAGCCGACAUCCAAUCAGCGGAGAAAGAUCUACGGAGGAAUAUACAGCAGCAGGAAGAUGAGCUCAGGACGAGUCACCACCAGACUCCGCCAAAAGACAUCUGACACUAUCCACCAGUUUUAAUGAUUAGACUUUUAAUAUCCUAAUUUACCCCUUGUCAGUUUGAUUUCUUUGUCUAAUUAGAGCUGUAUAUCUUUACUGUCCUGAUGAAUAUAUUCAUCAUGAUAUGUGACAUACAUGUAUCCUUUUUUUUGUAUGAAGGAAU